CCGCGCCCCCGCCCCCAACUGCUCGCGCUGCUGCGCCGUUUGCGAACGCCCUGGCGCCCGCCGAGGACCGAAGAAGCCGUGGAAAGUGCCACGGCUGUGGCUAGUAAAGUGCCGGGUGUCCCGGGGCUUGUUUCUUUUCCCUUUGCUUUUGCCCACUGCUGCCUUGCACACGUCUGGUCUUGGGCUCGCCAGCUGAUUUUAGCGCUCAGCUCCUCCUCUCUCGGGCUCUGCCCAUUCCCCACUGCAGCCCACUUCUGAGCUAGCGCACUGCUGCUUCUCGGGCCUUGAGUCACUUCUUCAUGUCUCCUUAGUCCCUCACGCUUUAAUAUUCCCGGCAUCGUAUGUAGAUGUCAUUGAGAGAGGCACUGUGCCUUCAUCUAAACUUCUCUUUUAGCGUAGGACUGUUAACACCGUAGUCUAAUUCUCCUCUCUUGCACUUUGCUCUCCUUAUGGAGUCCCCUCAGCUUAUAAUGUUUCAUAGCUUAUAACUGCCCGUUGUACGUGGAUGACGGCUGUUUUGGUGAUUUGGUGCUAUGGAGAAAUUUUUGGUAGAAUACAAGAGCGCAGUGGAGAAGAAACUGGCAGAGUACAAAUGUAAUACCAAUACAGCAAUUGAACUAAAAUUAGUUCGUUUUCCUGAAGAUCUUGAGAAUGACAUUAGAACUUUCUUUCCUGAAUAUACCCAUCAGCUUUUUGGGGAUGAUGAAACUGCUUUUGGUUACAAGGGACUGAAGAUCUUAUUAUACUAUAUUGCUGGUAGCCUGUCAACAAUGUUCCGUGUUGAAUAUGCAUCUAAAGUAGAUGAGAACUUUGACUGUGUGGAGGCGGAUGAUGUUGAGGGCAAAAUUAGACAAAUCAUUCCACCUGGAUUUUGCACAAACACGAAUGAUUUUCUUUCUUUGCUGGAAAAAGAAGUUGAUUUCAAGCCAUUUGGAACCUUACUUCAUACAUACUCAGUUCUCAGUCCCACAGGAGGAGAAAACUUCACAUUUCAGAUAUAUAAGGCUGACAUGACAUGUACAGGCUUUCGAGAAUAUCAUGAAAGGCUUCAGACCUUUUUGAUGUGGUUUAUUGAAACUGCUAGCUUUAUUGACGUGGAUGAUGAAAGAUGGCACUACUUUCUAGUAUUUGAGAAGUAUAAUAAGGAUGGAGCUACGCUCUUUGCGACCGUAGGCUACAUGACAGUCUAUAAUUACUAUGUGUACCCAGACAAAACCCGGCCACGUGUAAGUCAGAUGCUGAUAUUGACUCCAUUUCAAGGUCAAGGCCACGGUGCUCAACUUCUUGAAACAGUUCAUAGAUACUACAUUGCGUCUCCUUCAGUUCUUGAUAUUACAGCGGAAGAUCCAUCCAAAAGCUAUGUGAAAUUAAGAGAUUUUGUGCUUGUGAAGCUUUGCCAAGAUUUGCCCUGUUUUUCCCGAGAAAAGUUAAUGCAAGGAUUCAAUGAAGAAAUGGCGAUAGAGGCACAACAAAAAUUCAAAAUAAAUAAGCAACAUGCUAGACGGGUUUAUGAAAUUCUUCGCCUCCUUGUAACUGACAUGAGUGAUGCUGAACAAUAUAGAAGCUAUAGAUUGGAUAUUAAAAGAAGACUAAUUAGCCCAUAUAAGAAAAAGCAGAGAGAUCUUGCUAAGAUGAGAAAAUGUCUCAGACCAGAAGAACUGACAAACCAGAUGAACCAAAUAGAAAUAAGCAUGCAACAUGAACAGCUGGAAGAAAGCUUUCAGGAACUAGUGGAAGAUUACCGGCGUGUUAUUGAACGACUUGCUCAAGAGUAAAGAUUAUACUACUAUGUACAGGAAGCUUGCAAAUUUCUGUACAUUGUGCUGUGAAAAAUCUGAUGAUGACUUUAAUUUUAAAAUCUAGUAACAUUUACUUACAUUAAAAGUUGUCUAUCUUUAGUUGAAUAUUUUCUUUUGGAGAGAUUGUAUAUUUUAAAAUACUGUCUAGAGUUUAUGAGCAUAUAUUACAUUUAAGAAAAAAGAUAUAGCUUCUGAAAUAUCACUGCAGUUGCUUACCUUCUUAAACAGUAUAAUAAAUGCUUAGUUGUGAUACGUUAA